AUGUUCCCUGAUAACGUGGUGGGUGCUAUGAUUAUGCAACUUACCCAGCACAUGUUCUCGACUAAUUUUAUCGGUAUAUGCUUAUUUGGUAUCAUAUUGGGCAUUGCCAUAUUGCUACUGGAUGAUAAAGUGCCUGGCACUAAACACCCGGCUAUAAUCGUGGCAUUCGGGUCCAAUUCAAGUGCAAUUACACUGCCAGUGACCAUCGAGUGUAUGGAAAACAAUGUAAAACUACCGAAAAGUGUUACCCGCUUUGUGUUACCCCUGGGUAUGAAUGUCCACAUGAAUGGGUUCGCGCUGUACUACCCAAUGAUGAUACUAUUUGUGGCACAAAUGCAUGGCGUCGAAAUCGGUAUGCAACAUAUGGUCAUGCUAACUAUAAUGACCCUGAUCAUGACCAUUGCCAUACCUGCUAUAUCGUCGGGUGGCGCUGUAUGGGUUACAUUUGUGGCAUUUUGUACGUCAAUUGGCAUUGACAACCCUAUGGAUGCCCUUGCUUAUAUCAUGACAGUAGAUUGGAUUAUGGGUCGACUACGAACCGUGACUAAUGUUAUCGGCGAUUGCUUUGUGGCCGCAAUAGUAGCCAAACAUUGUGUCGCAAAUACACCGCAAAAUGUGGAUUUAGUUUAAUAUAAAAAUUAUAAAGUUUUUGUCGAAAUUAUUGUGGC